AUUCCGAGGAGUUAUCACCUUUCUCACUUCCUUCUUAUCAAAUCUCAUCCCUCUCUCCGGCGUCUUCACCCCCGGUGUGGUGCGCCGCGGCCAGACAACUUGUCGCCUGUCACCUCCGCUCUUAUCCUGUUCCAGCACCAAAGGACCAUGCUGUUCUUUCUUCUGAAGCGAUCGGUGCUCCUUAGGCACAUCAUUAUCGGCUCUUCCCUCCGACUUCACCACCUCUUCCUCCCUUGUCCUUCGUUCCUCUUCAUCCCUACCUAAACGAAAUCCUCGCCGUCCAUUUCCAAGAUCAUGGCACCCCAUCACGCUCACAUCACCGUCCUUCCUGUGGAUCUCCUGAUCUACAUCAUCGAUCGUGUCCCGGAGCCGGCUGAUCGGAAGUCCAUCCGGCUCGUUUCCCGCGCGUUUCACCGCGCGGAGUGCCUGCAGAGGAGAGAUCUUAACGUGAUUCGCCGGGAGGCACUGGGUAUGCUCAUCAGAUGCUAUGGAGCUAUCGAAAGCCUCGACCUUUCGGCGUGCGCCGGGCUAGAUGAUACUUGCCUUUCGGCGGCUCUCGGCGGCGGAGCGGCGCCGGGGCUGAGGAAGGUGAACCUUAGCCGGGCGAGUGGUGUGCGGUGGAGGGGUCUCGCGGCGAUGGUUCGUGGGUGCCCGCGGCUCGAGAGCGUGGAUCUCUCGCACUGCGUUGGAGUUGGGGAUCGGGAGGUGGCGGUGCUGGCGAUGCUCGCUGGCUUGAAGGAACUGAGGUUGGAUAAGUGUUUGGGAGUCUCGGAUGUCGGUCUUGCGAAGGUGGCUGUCGGCUGUCCCGGUCUGGAGAAGCUUCGGAUCAAGUGGUGUCUUGAGAUCUCGGAUUUGGGGAUCAAGUUGCUGGCGAAUAAGUGCCAGAAUUUGAAGUUUUUGGAUAUAUCCUAUCUAUUGGUGACGAAUAAAUCUCUUCAUUCAAUCUCUACACUUGGGAGGCUGGAGGUUCUGAAAAUGGUUGGAUGCUACUAUAUAACUGAUGAUGGCCUUAAUUAUUUCAAUAAUGAAAAGAAUUGCAAUACACUUCUGAGUGUUGAUGUCUCUCGCUGUCAUAAUGUGAGUGCAUUUGGCUUGGUUUCAAUUAUUGAAGGGCACAAGUCUCUCCGAAAACUUAAAGCCAGUGAUUGUUACGUUGAUCUACCACUGAAUUGCCUGUCAAAGUUGGGCAUGCUGACGAAUGGCUUUCAUACUAUAAAAGUUGAUGGUUCUGAAGUUUCAGAACCAAGGCUUAAGAUCAUCGGUGCCAACUGCAAGGGCUUGACUAAAAUAGGACUUGGCAAAUGCAAGGGUGUUACAGAUGAGAAUAUCUCUGAGCUAGUAUCUAAUUGUGCUGACUUAAAGACUAUUGAUCUGACAUGUUGCCAUGAUGUCACUGAUGACUCCCUCAUCGCCAUUGCCAAUUCUUGCAAGAAACUCGAAUCCCUCCUCCUUGAGUCUUGUAGUCUCAUCACUGAUGAAGGCCUUGUGUACAUUGGAAUUUGUUGCCCAAAUCUCCAAGAGGUUGAUCUCACAGAUUGCGAUCUUGAUGACUCAGCACUUGAGAGUUUAUCUAGAUGCUCAGAGUUGAUGAAGUUGAAAUUAGGCCUUUGCCCAAGCAUAACUGACGAUGGUCUUGAUUAUAUUGCCAAAUGUGAAAAACUUCAAGAGCUUGAUUUAUACAGAUGCACAGGAAUAGGUGAUGAUGGGUUGGCUGCUUUAGCAUAUGGUUGCAAGAAGAUCAGGAAGCUAAAUCUGUGCUACUGCACAAGGAUAUCAGACCAAGGGAUGAAGUAUGUGAGCUGUUUGCCAGAGUUAAAAGAUCUUGAACUGAGAGGUUUGACUCAAGUUACAAGUUUAGGGAUUGUAGCCAUUGCCUUUGGGUGUAAAAAUCUUACAGAAUUGGACCUGAAGCGCUGUUCUGCGGUGGAUGACCUUGGCUUUCUUGGCCUUGCUAGAUAUGCGAUCAACCUCAGACAGAUCAACAUAUCAUACUGCAAUAUAUCGGAACAAGUCCUGAUAAGGUUGCUCUGGAAUCUGAGGUGCCUUCAGGAUGUGAAGCUGGUGCAUCUAACUCAUGUUAGAAAAGAAGGUUUCAUGUUGGCAUUGCGGUCCUGUCUUGACAAAUUGAAGAAGCUGAAGCUGCCUACCAUUCUCAAGGAUGUAAUCUCACCAGCUCUGAUUCAGAUCCUGCAAGACAAAGGAUGCAGAAUUAGAUGGGUUGAUAAGCCCAUCCCUUUCUACAUGAAAGACAGCCCUCCAUCUUCACCAGACCCCUGAAAUAAAAAGCUGAGACCUUUUUGUUUUCUUUAGUCAUGUUUUUUUAGAAAAAAGAUCAUUGAUCUUCAUAGAUAAUAUUUAGUUGGUUGUUUGUUUAUUUGUUUUAUAGACUGAAUUAGAACUGGAAGUCUGAAAGUUGGAAUAGUUCUUUGCUAUGAAUGUUAUUCUAUUAUUAUACUUUUGAUAA